AUGUCGUCUGCUGCUGCCGUCGCUGCUCCUGUCCCAGUACCAACCACUACUGCUUCUGCUCCAACUACGCCUGCUUCUAAGGGCAGGGCUGCUGCGAAGGAGAAGAAGGUCACUAAGAAAGCCGCAACAUCUAAGGCUGCCUCUGCUAAGCCCAAGAAGGCUCCUGCCGCGAAGACUGCUGGCGCCUCACAUCCUGCAUGGAAGGAUAUCAUCAAGGAGUGCAUAACGGAAAACCCAACCGAAGCCCGCUCCGGUGUCUCGCGCGCCACAAUCAAGAAGUAUGCCGAGAAGAAGUAUAAGAUUGACGUCGUUGGUCUUAACCUUUCGCUGUUGAACCGUGCGAUUGCGCAUGGCGCUGAGAAGGGUGACUUCGUACUCCCAAAGGGUCCAUCCGGCAAAGUCAAGCUUACUCCGAAGGCCAAGUCCACUGCUGCGAAAGAAAAUGCGAAACCUGUGAGCCCUAAGCCCAAGGCAAAGGCUAAGACCACCGCUACAAAGCCUGCGGUGAAGAAGACAACAGCUAAAGCCACCACGAAAAAAGCUGCCACAACAAAGGCUUCAACUAAGAAGCCCACGACCGCGAAGAAGGCGGCUGCCCCGAAGACCACAACAGCAAAGAAACCGAAAGCUGCCGCAACUAAGAAGACUUCAGCUAAGAAGCUUGAUGCGAAGAAGGUUGCCGCAAAGACCGCUGCAACGAAGCCCAAGGCAACGAAGGCUGCAUCAAAGACCGCAAAGCCCGUGUCUAAGCCUGGGUCAAAAGCUAAGCCAGCAUCCAGGAAGGCAAAGGCAUAG